GGUGUGAGACUGAAGAAAAUCCCCAAUCCAAUCCACUAAUCCAGAGAGGAGUGAGUAGAGAUUUGGUAUUUGAGCUCCCUUCCUGCAGAUAGUCUGACUAGCAAGUAGAAUCAUGGCGAAUUUAGAGUUGUGGGAAACGUUUAAACAAUCAAUUACAGCAUAUACAGGAUUAAGUCCUGCAACUUUCUUCACAGUGGUAGCAUUGGCUUUAGCUUUUUACUAUGUUGUUUCUGGUUUAUUUGGUUCAAAUCCAGCACCACCACAGAGGCAUAGAGAAAUUGAAGAAGAAAGGGAACCUUUACCACCACCUGUUCAAUUAGGUGAGAUUAGUGAAGAUGAACUCAAAGCUUAUGAUGGUUCUGAUCCUAAAAAACCAUUGCUUAUGGCUAUUAAAGGACAGAUCUAUGAUGUUUCUCAGAGCAGGAUGUUUUAUGGACCUGGUGGCCCAUAUGCUUUGUUCACCGGUAAAGAUGCUAGUAGAGCUCUUGCAAAGAUGUCCUUUGAAGAUAAGGAUCUAACUGGCGACACCACCGGUCUUGGCCCCUUUGAACUUGAGGCUUUACAAGAUUGGGAGUACAAAUUCAUGAGCAAGUAUGUCAAGGUUGGUACUGUCAAAAAAACCAUGCCAGUUGUUGAUGGAUCUUCAACCUCUGAAGCUGCAGCAGAGAAUGCGCCACCUGCAGAGAAUGCUGCACCAGCAGAAACCUCCGAGGAGCACCAUACUACAGAAGAAGUAAAAGCUGAAUAGGGUGGAAAGGAGUAGCUUCUUGCUUAGUCUUCUUUCUUGGUGUUUACAGUUAAACUUGGUACAUUCAGAUUGUUGUAAUAAAGAUAUAUAAAGGGAAUAGAGGACAUGUUAAAAACUUCAAAGCUGCAGUUUAGUCUUUCCAAGUGACACUAGUGACGCUUUUAUUAAGUACGUGAAUUUUCUACGAUAGUUGAAUUUUGGUGUUGCUUUUUAAUGCAUUAAUAGGUUACAUUGUUGUUUCGGCA